AUGUCCAAGACCAAAUUCAUGGCGGCUGGGGCUGGUAUUGUGGAUGCCGACCAGACCCCUUUGGAUGGUGUUGUUGACCACGUUGAGGCCUUUCGCUAUCUCGGUUGUCAUGUUACGCCGGACGCCCGGAGCUCAUUUGAUGUGUCUCGGCGAGUUGCUGCUGCAUCGGGUGCGUUCUGUACACUGCGGGAGUCGGUUUUCGCCAGUGAUGACUUCAGCAUCGCCAUCAAGCGCAUCGUGUAUGGAGUGACUGUCCUGGCGGUCCUUCUUUAUGGAUCUGAGAGUUGGACCGUCAGGCAGCGUGAUGUCCGUCGCCUGGAGUCCUUUCACCUGCAGUGCGUGCGUUCCAUCCUGAAGAUAAAUCGUGGCCGGCAGAUCGAGGAGCACAUCUCCUCUCUCCAGGUUCGCAGGAUGUGGGGCGAUAUGGAGGAGAUCGCGGAUAAAGUCAGAGUCCGCCGACUUCGAUGGCUUGGCCACGUGUCCCGCAUGCCAGAUCGGAUCCCUCGUCAGCUGCUGUACGGCGCAUUACCCUCCAAACGUCCACCGCAUGGACCCCGUAAGCGCUGGAAGGACUCCGCGAAGUGCGACUUGAUGGCUGUUGGCGUUCCUCUGGAGCAGCUUGGUGACAUCGUCCAAGAUCGACAGGGAUGCGUGAAUACAUAG